AUGGAGCUCUAUGGCAAAGGGAAAAUAAGUUUUGAAGAAAUAAGAGGAGAGUGCUGUAACAUUAUUCAAGCUGCAAUCGAUACUACAUCUGUCACCGUCAAUCAUAAUUUGAUUCUCCUCGCCAUGUUUCCCAAAUACCAGGAACUCGUCUUCGAGGAGCUUAAAGGAGUCUUUCCAGCUGGUGGUGAUUUCGAAGUGGAGCACGAAGACCUCCAGAAAUUGUUAUACCUAGAUCACGUUUUUAAUGAAACCUUGCGUCUGUUCCCGCCCAUCCCAUUUAGUAUAAGAGAUGCAACCGAAGACUUUUUCCUUUCUAAUGGAGUCUUAGUUCCCAAAGGAGUCAUAUUGGGUAUAGAUAUAUUUAAUAUGCACCGCAAUAGAGACCUCUGGGGGCAUGACGCCGACAGCUUCAAUCCUGAUCGUUUUUUGGCCGUUGAUGAUCGCCAACGACAUCCCUAUGCUUUCAUACCGUUUUCAAAGGGAAGGAGAAAUUGCAUAGGCUGGAAAUACGCCCAAAUAUCGAUAAAGAUCGCCUUGGCCAGGGUUCUGAGGAAUUUCACAAUAACCACUACGUUUCAGUAUAAAGACCUAGUUUCUGUUGAUAAUAUAGUGAUGAAGCUAAAUAAGCCGCCACUUUUAAAUUUUAAAAGAAGGACCUCUUAG